AUGUGCUUGUCGACGUCCUUCGUCAGAGCUGCCCUGCGGAAUCCAGCAGUGCUGGCCAGGAGAUGGCCAUGCUCUGUGAGGAGAACACAACCCAAUCUCGGGCUCGGCGUCAGGUCCAUUGCCACCCCAGCUGGGCAGAAGCAUGGUACACGGAUCGACUACAUCAGAAACAUAGGCAUUAUUGCCCACGUCGAUGCCGGAAAGACAACAACUACAGAGGCAAUGCUGUACAACAGCGGUGCUACUAGACAUCUAGGCAAUGUCGAUCACGGUGAUACCGUCACGGAUUUCCUUCCCAUGGAAAUGCAAAGAGGCAUCACCAUUCAGUCAGCAGCAAUAACCUUCAGAUGGCCGACCCAAGAGCGCCUGAAGCAGCACGAGGUGGAGCACAGCAUCAACCUCAUAGACACCCCGGGCCAUCAGGAUUUCAGGUUUGAGGUCGAGCGAUGUAUACCCGUCCUUGACGGUGCCGUAUGCAUCAUUGACGGAGUCGAGGGAGUGGAAGCUCAUACGGAGCGGGUCUGGUCGUCAGCCCAGGAGUUCAAGGUGCCGAGGAUUGUCUUGGUCAACAAGUUGGAUCGGGAUGGCGCCUCCUUCAAGAAAUCUGUACUGGAUAUCGGCAUGAAGCUCAACGGCAUGCCUCUGGUUUGCCAGAUACCUUGGUGGGAGAACGACACCGUCAAGGGGGUUGUCGAUGUGAUCACGCGAGCCGUGGUCAGCUGGGCAGGCAGUAAGGAUGAUCCCCACGAGCUGGCAAAGAUGGCGCCGCCGUUCAAGGACGAAAUCGAACGCGCUAGGGAAAGACUUAUUGAACAGCUGUGUGAGCACGAUGACGAGCUUCUGGAGCUCUGGACAGAGAAGGGCAAAGACCUCUCUGGCGACGAGAUCCGAAAAAGCAUCCGCCGCGUCAUCAGAGAUGGCGAGGCAUCCCUCAUCCCUGUCUUUGCCGGUGCGAGUCUUAAGAACAUUGGCGUAUCACCGCUGCUCGAUUCUGUUAAUCAUUACUUACCGAGUCCGCAGGACCGGCCAGAGCUUCAGGUCCGCGUCGGCUCAGACACAACGUCUCUGUCACGUAUCGUGGGCGAGUCGAAGGAUCCGAAGACUCCUGCGAAGUCGCGCUCGCCCAUCGAAGCUGUGGCGUCCGUCUUCAAAGUAGUCAAUGACCCGAAGCGCGGAAUGUUAGUGUUCGUAAGGGUCUACCACGGAGAGAUCAGGAAAAACGCUCACAUGUGGAACUCCAACCUCCAAGACUUCGAGCGGCCUCUCAAUAUCUCCCAGAUAUCCGCAAAAAAUCACAUCGAGGUGCCUCAUCUUGCUGCUGGACAGAUUGGAGCUCUCACCGGCUUGAAGAAGGCUCGAACUGGCGAUACUUUACUUGUCUACGCGGGAAACAAAGCACCACAAGGCAAAUUCGGUAGCAUCAAGGUGCGGCCCCCUGAGAUACCGCCUGCUGUGGCGUUUAUUGUGCUGGAGCCGCAUUCUCCCACCGGCGCAAAAGCCAUCGAGGCAGCCUUGGAAAGCCUUUCUCGAGAAGAUCCCAGUCUGAGAUGGUCUCUGAACGAGAAGGCUGAGCAGUAUACCCUCUCCGGCAUGGGGUCCUUGCACUUGGAGGUUGCAAGAGACCGGUUGGAUAACCACUACAAGCUUGAAGCUCAUUGGGGUACUAUCGAGGUGGAGCACAAGGAGUGCGUAACAGCUCCAACGAACCUCACUCGUGCCACUUUCGACAAGACAAUUGCAGGCAAGGCCGGCAAGGCAUCUUGCAGUGUGGUCGUCGAGCCUCUUGAUCCUAACGAUAUUGAGACUCUGGCGAGGUCUCAUGUCGAAAGGGACGGCAACAUCAUCAAGGUUGAGAUCUCUCCAGAUCUCCCCAUCGACCAUGAGGAAGUUAGACCGCAUCUGGUCAAUGGUGCCAUCUCAGCACUUGCCAGAGGUCCUCGACGCACGGCUCCGCUGAACAAAUGUCUCGUCACUAUCCACUUCGAUGCUGCGACUGACUACUUCGGCCCGACACCACACGGACACUUUGUCAACGCUGCAAACCACGCUGUCAGGACAGCACUCAAGGAAGCCCAUAAGCAUGGAUUGAUUGGAAUCCUCGAGCCCGUCAUGAGAGUCACGAUAGCAUGCCCGGAAACCGCAGCCGGCGCCGUCCAGCAUGACCUGCACUCUGCCCGCGGCGGCCAUGUCCUGGAGGUCAGAGAUUUACAGGAUAAUUCAGCGCGAGAAGGGGGGCAAAUCGACGUGGCGGACAUAUACGCACCACCUGACCCCUACGAAUUUCAGACCACGCUCCGGGAGAGUAGGAAAGGAAGUCUGCGCAUGCUCGAGAUCGUCGCGCAGGUGCCCCUUUCCGAGAUGCUGGAUUAUGACAGCCAUUUGCGCAGCAUGACCGCCGGUCGUCAUUCCAUGACCAUGCACUUGGAUACCUUUGAGAGGGUAACAGGCCCUCGGGAGAAGUCUCUCUAA